ACUCCAAUCUUAAAAUCCCAAAAACCCUAGUAAUAUCAUAGUAGAGAGAGACUAAAAAGAGACUGUGUAUCCCCUUCUCUCGUUUCUCCUCCUCCACGGCGCUUCUCUGAUUUCUCUCAGUUCCUCGAUUCAAUCUCACAAUGCCUUUCAAACGAUACGUUGAGAUCGGGCGUGUUGCUCUAGUUAACUACGGAGAAGACUAUGGAAAGCUUGUUGUCAUCGUUGAUGUUAUUGAUCAAAACAGAGCUUUGGUUGAUGCACCUGAUAUGGUUAGGUCACAAAUGAAUUUCAAGAGAUUGUCUUUGACUGAUAUUAAAAUCGAUAUCGGCCGUGUACCUAACAAGAAGGCACUCCUUGCUGCCAUGGAAGCUGCAGAUGUGAAGAAGAAGUGGGAGAGUAGUUCAUGGGGUAGGAAGCUUAUCGUGCAGAAGAAGAGAGCUUCCCUUAACGACUUCGAGAGGUUUAAGGUCAUGCUUGCCAAAAUCAAGAGGGGUGGUUUGAUCAGACAAGAGCUAUCCAAGUUGAAGAAAUCUGCAGCUUAAGACAGGGAUUAUAUUUCUGCGUUUUUCAGAGCUUUAUGGUAUUUUAUAGUUUUGAUUGUCAAUUUUGUAGAGACUUGGUUUCUUACAUGGAUGGAUGGAUGGAUGUUUUGUCAUGAAUUUAGUAGUAGCAUAUUUUGGAACUUCGUAGCCUUUUUAUUCAUGUCUAAUUAAAAGCCAGUCUACAUGACAAGAUGCUUGAAUUUAUAAGAUGACUUUGGUUUUGUUA